AUGAUAAGACAUUUACUGGACAACGUUGUGCACCGUGGGAUGCCGCACCAUUCUUCAACUGAAAUGUGGGAGCACACGCACAAGGGCACGGUUAAGGGUCCAGUAAGAGGGAGCAACUGGAGCGACAUUCCACGACGAAUUGUGGAGGAGGAGGUGCAGCGAGAGGUGUACCGUGAAGUGGCUGCAGACGCAGGGGGUGGGCGACAGUACGCGUCCGCCUUGCGCGAGGCAAUCAAGACGAGGAAACCGGUGCUUACGAAGAAGUAUCGGAUCAUGCGAAUAGGCGGAGUGUCGGAUCCGGUGUACGAUGAGUACACCGCCGCGCUUGGAGACGAGAUGAAGGGGAUGGCCGAUGAGUUUAAGGCGUUGGGUCUGGCUACCAACAACAUGCAGGUCCACACGGCGGUGGCCAUUCCGCGCACAAGAGGCGGAGAGCUGGUGGCCAAAGGGUCAUUUGUGAAGGCGUCUCCCCGAGAGAGGUGGUAUUCGGACGUGGCACUGCUGAACAACAAGAAGGGGGACUGGUAUGCAAGAUGUAUGUGCAUCUUCAGGGCGGUUGACCGUGAUGGCGAGUGGAAGGGGUACGCAUAUGUGAGGUACUACGAGAAGGCGGGAAGCUGCAAGCUCACAGGGUGCACGCAGCUGCACAAGAAAGUGGAGAAGGUGAGGUACUCGGUGGUGGAGCUGGGCAGCCUGCAGAGAGUUGUGCACGUGUGCCCUUCGUACAGCAACAAUAAGGUGCAAUUAGUGAACAGGUUUUUUCUAUGUGAGUGA